GAUUGUAAUUUGUAGACUAGAACUAGUUGUAGAAGAAAUGAUUAAAGCAAAAUCUAAUCUGAAUUAAGAAGAAAUAACUUACAUAUACUAUAGUUUCCAGUUUCAUUGUCGAGCAAAUCUAUGUUUUGUUAUUUCGUCAGCUCUAGCGUCAACACCUCAGGCUCAAGUCAACAUGGAACAGCCAACAGGGUAUAGAUUGCAAUUUCAUUAACAUUCCGCCAGCAGAUCCGAUCCGAAGCUAAUCAAAGCUAGGUAUACUAUGUGUGUAGACUCGACUAGACUGUGUAGCUAGCUAGUGCAUGCACGGUAGUGCAUGUUCAUCGCGGCGCGGUGCGGGUCCUGUUUGUUUUCUUCCGGGUUGUGUAAAAACUUGACUGCUGAGGGCGACACUUCGCUUUCCCAGAAUCCCAUUCGUAAGAAAGGCGUGUAAUACUGCAGCUUGUACUUGGCCGACCAUAUCUCUGGUUAACCUACGCCAGGAUUCCCCGAGCUUUUGCAUCUCGUUGCCGGCGCGGCGCGGCUAUCGCUAGUGCGGCAUAUUGUGCGCAAUCAGUGUGUACGGAGUUAAUGUGGGUUAUUGAAACGUCAGUGUUAGCCAACAAGAUGUCGGACUUUGAGCCAAUCUCAGACGCAGAAAAGGUUAAAAUUGCAUCAGAUUUCAUUACCCAUGCACCUCCAGGAGAGUUCAGUGAGGUAUUCAAUGAUGUCAGGAUUUUGAUAAAUAAUGACCAUCUUCUCAGUGAAGCAGGAGAAUCAUUUGCCAAAUACAACAAGGACCAAUUCACACCAGCCAGCAUUGAUGGAGUAGAAAGACCAGCUUUAGUCACACAAUUCAAUGAUUUACCGAAUGGACGCUUUCUAGACCCUGAUUCCAAGCAGACCUUCAAGUUUGACCAUAUGAGGAAAGUGGUGACUGACGUAGAGCCUGCUACUAACAUUGAUACCACUUCAGAACCAUGGAGGAUAGCAUUGUCUCAUGCUCUAGCAGGUUACAUCAAGGAUCAUUUUCCUAAUGGAAAUAGUGCAGCAUAUGGCAGGAGUAAAGAUAAGAAGGUCAUCCUUGUGGCAUGUAUUGAACAUCACUUGUUUCAGCCAGCCAACUUCUGGAAUGGUCGCUGGCGAUCUCAGUGGACAGUGACCUUUGACCCAUCAUGUGGGUCAGUCGAGGCAGGUGGACUCAUCAAGGUUCAAGUACACUACUAUGAAGAUGGUAAUGUCCAGCUAGUCAGUCAUAAGGAAGUCAAGUUCCCCCUUGAAAUCUCAACGCCAGAGAACACAGCAGCAGCAUUUGUGAAAGCAAUCUCACAUGCAGAGGAAGUUUACCAAUCAACCCUGACUGAAGACUAUGGUACAAUGUCCGAUACAACAUUUAAGGCACUCCGAAGGGCACUGCCGAUCACCAAAACCAAGGUCGACUGGAAACAAAUUAGUCAAUACGACAUUGGCAAAAAGCUCAACCAGUCCCAGUAAUAAGAACUUUUUAGCCCCCAUUUUGGCAUUGUCAUGCCUUAAAGAAUCGCAAUCCACACCUCUUUUUCCUCCCUUGGAUAAUUUUUUUUUACAGCAAGUUAUCAUUUAUCUGUAUGUAUAUCUAAAUAUAUAUAGUGCACCAUUCGAUCUUAUCCUUGCCGCAUUUCGUCACCAUAUGUAUUUUUUGUGAUGUGACGAAAUAUGGGAACCUCUAAACAUUCUCUUUUGUAUGGUUUUAGUUACAUUUUUGUGAAAUAUAAAGCAUAUUUGAUCCUUAAGACUCUAUUAUGUAUGAAAAGUUAACUCCCUGUUUUCCAAUAGCACCUCUUUUUAAAGAUAUCUGUUCAUUGAUUGAUUUGUGGAAGACUUUGCAGACAUAAAUCCAAAUGUGUAUAUCAUCAGGAGAUAAGCAUCAUUAGUUUUUUGUAGUUUUCUGGUUGAGAUCACUUGAAUAUUGGAAUAUCUGAAUCAAUUGCUAAGAUGUUAAUGUGAUUGGUAAAACCACACUGUUAUCUUGAAUGUUGCCUCUUUUCUAAUACAUCCUACAAAACAUGCGAUGAAGUUCUACGAUCGGUAUCCAUAUACUGGCCUUGAAAUUUAUCAUAAUUUCAUAACUCUACUGUAUCUUCAUUUCUUAAUAGGUAACAUUGCAGCUACAUGCAGUUCCAUCUUGUUGUUUUGAUGGAUAUCUUUCUUUUGAAGCCAAUAAUAUACCUUUAGUCAACUAGGGAAAUGAAAUAAAAGUACUUAUUGUUUCCAUAGAGUGAUUAUAUUAUAUAGCUAGCUUGAUUUUUUUUUUGGUUUCAUCAUUUAUUUACUCAAAGAUAGGCUCAUGAUGGGCCUUAUAUUUGUUCAUGUAGUUAUGGAGAGUUAAUUUAUAUAGUCUUUAUUACCAUGUUCUCUUUCGCUUUAAAAUCGUGUUGUGUAGGUACAUAUAAUUCACUGCUUUAUCAAGUUUUAAUAACCUGUUUAUUUUGUACUCUUAUGAUGAAAAUUAGGAAUUUUCCCAUUAUGUGUGUCUCUUGUAUAUUGAAAUUAAUUGUAAGGACUAAGAGCAUCCAAAAGAAAUUUUGAGGGGUGAUCAUGUGUUGCAAUUUUUGUAUGUAAAUGUAUAUAAGCUGAGGGAGGUUUUAAUUGUUCAGUAGGAGGCACUGAGAAGCAAGUGAUCCAUAUUAAGAUAGUUUAUUCUUUAACCAAGUGUGGAAGAAAGUCUCAUCACUAAUGUGCACUGCACAAUGUGAUAUCAACAACAUAGGAAUAAUUUUAUCAUUCUUUCCUUGAUGUUGUGUAUGAAUUGUGUAUAGAUUAUUUAGAUGGAAUUUGAGGUUAAAUAUCUCUGAUGAUAAUUGACCUCUAAUAUUCCUUUUAAUAAAGAUUGCCUUGCAAAAUAAUAUUAAAGUAAUAAUUUCACUUUGUUCUGAUUUAAAAAUUUAUCAUUUUGGUUCUUGAAAAUGGGCCAAACAUUAGGCUUUUGGUGUAAAAAUACCAUCCCAAAAGUUUCUAAGCAUCAUAUCUACAGGAACAAUUUAAAAAUCUUUAAGAUGUAAACCAAAGUUUGAAAAUAAUUAGGGGUUGGUUUCAAUGACUAUGUGUAUACAGGGAAUCUGUGCACCACAACACAUAAUCUCUAGAUGAACACAGCAUGACCAACAUACAGUGUGUACAAGGUAUACACUGAAUGUACAAUGAUAAUAGCUUGUGUAUAGGAGAUACACACAGCAGAAGGCAGUCAACAUAGCCAACAGACUUUUUGAAUUGGAGAAACUGGUCAUAAGCUGAACCCAUCUAAUAGACGGUUCUCAAAAUCAAGCUUAUAAAUUGCUACUUGUUCCUAAAUGAAGAGUUUUCAUCCUAUAUUUUGGUCUGUUUCAGGGUUUUUUUUAGGACAAAUUCAGGCACUCAUACACAUGUUUCAUCUCAGUUUGAGAAUGUUUUAAAUCAGCUGCUCGCAAAGUGAAACGAUCCCUUUAAUGCAUGUGAUUCAUGUUUAAUACUUUCUCAUAAAAUGUUCUCCCCUUCAAAUGUGAAACAAAAUAACAAAUAUCCAAUGUCAGUUCACUAACUGUAGUGUAGAUAUGUAACUAUCGAUAUUGAAAUCCACAGUUCCACUGAUAAACUGAAUACAUGCAUAUGAAUUUCCUUGGCCCAUAGUAUAUUCAUGUACAACUUAUGGAAGUUGGCCUGAAGUGCUCUUGUGUUAUUGUGAUUGUGUACAUGUGUGUUAAACUAUUCUUCUUUCUGGCACAUUACAUGAUAUAGGAUUGAAUGAGAUUCUCUUGCAAUAUAUAUAUUUUCUUGGUCAGAUUGGAUUAAGAUAUAGUUUGUUACAAUUUAUUAAAUUCUUGUUGUUACUGAUAUAGGAUAGCAAUCAUCCAUAUUAGUUUUACAGGACCAGAAUGGCAUGUGUUCUCAAUUCAUAUUUGUCUAAAGUUGUGGUUUGACUAUGGAAAUGUGACACAAUUCUAACAGCAUAUUUGAUAAUCAAAUAUGACUGUCUGGAAAUAAUUUGAAUAGAAAAGAACAGUCUAAACUGAGUAGAAACGUACAAUGUAAACAAAAUUUUGACAUUUUCUGCUUUCCAUAAUUUCUGCACAGACUUGGUCCAUGGCCUAAGUAAAACCAGAAUAUAGAAUACAGGCCACUUUAUUUUUAUUUGGAUAUUUAAUUAUUUCUAGUUAAUAAUUCAUCAAGCAACAACUUUUUAUGGAUUUUUAUCCAACCCUUGGUAUAACUACCAGUUGUAAGAUAUUUACCUUUGUUACGCAACAUCACAAUGUGCACAAUUAUACCAGCUUGUAUGAAAGAGAAGGUAUAUGCAUUGUAUGUAAAUGUAGUUCUUGUGUUCUGUAGAUUUCCAAAAGUAAUGUGUGGUGACUGUCUGCAAGAUAAAUUCAGAUAUGAAUACAUGUAUGUGUUAAUAGCUUUUAUAUAUUGCAGCAUGUGUAAAGGAGAGAGAGAGAGCGAAGUUUGGGUUUUUGAUAAAUGCUUCCAAAUCAUUUCAUGUGGUUGUACAAAAGAAAAAAAAAGAAGGAAAAGGUGAAUAUCAGUCAUUACAAUUGGGAGUCCAGUAGCAUUCAAUAAUUAUUAUAUAAUUUCAUUGUUUUAUUUCGCUACAGAUUAUUUUGGGGAAUAUAUAUUUGUGAAUACAGCAGUUAACAAGAACAUUAGUAAAACCCUUAACUAGAGAGUUGGAGCCAAAGUUUUUUUUUUCAUGUACGUGUAAGUUCAAGAAUGCUAAUAUGAAUCAAAUUGUUAAUGAGUUUCAAUUAAAGACUUUGACUACCACACACAA